AGGUUAUUCAAACACAACUCGAUAUUGAAAUAGUCUGGGUCAGUAUGCAAAAUUUAAGAAAAGGGAUCAUUGUUGAGAUUAUUCUGAUAGAAAUUGUUGACGGAUUAAGGUGCUGCGUGACACAAUGCUAAAGGUUGCACGUCCCACGGCUAAUAAUCAACCCAUAGAGCAGUGAAGAGGGAGUCGUUUCGUGCACAGGGUAUACAAGUUGAGUUCUGAGACCUCCAGUUUUGUUUGCUCUGAAUUGACAAACAGAACACACCAUGGCGUUUCUACUUGGGAUAAUUAGCUUAUUGACUGCCAAGUCAGUGAUAGUUGGGUUGAUAGCUCUCCUCAUAGCUACAUGGUUUUACCGACGGCCGAGAAAUCUUCCUCCUGGCCCGACUGGAUGGCCCCUUCUUGGCUACUUCCCAAAUCUAAUCUUGGCCGGGGACGAGUACAAGAACAUUACCCGACUUGCUAAGACCUACGGACCGGUGUUUAGUAUGAAUCUAGGCGGUACAUUGGUGGUGGUCGUCAACAGCUUCGCUUCCAUCAAGGAAGCUCUUGGUCACCCAAACACCGCAGCUCGUCCACCCACAAGCUUCUACAGGAAGAUGACGAAUGAUCCAGAGGCCAUAAGUGUAGGUAACGCCUCCGGUGAGAACUGGUUCCAGCAGAGGAAGUUUUGUCUGUCAGUACUGAGAGGGUUGGGCGUGUGGAGGUCAAGCUUCGAGGACGCCAUCGCAACAGAGGCAGGGUGCCUCAUCAACGGCAUCAAGGAACACAAGGGGAACCCAUUCAAUCCAGCUCUUUUGUUAAGUAAUGCUGUCUCGAAUGUCAUCUGCUCCGUUACCCUGGGUAAAAGAUUCGACUACUCUGAUCCAAAGUUCCAGAAACUGCUGAAGUCAAUGAGCCGUAACUUCGAGCUUAGUGGCGGCGGAGAGAUGUACACGUACCUACCCAUCAUGGAGUACUUGUCAUUCACGUCAACUUCCAGAGAAAUGGAAGGUAACAUACGUUCAAUUAUCGAGUUCAUCCGGGAGAGCGUGGAAAACCAUCGAAGCAAUUUAGACCUCGAGAAUCCGAAAGAUUUCAUCGAUGUCUUCCUCAGAGAGAUCCACGACAAUAACAAUGAGAAUAGAAAGGAGUACAUUACCAUGGACAAUAUGUUGCUGACGUGUUUUGACCUAUUUACGGCUGGAACAGAGACUGCAUCAACCACCCUCCGCUGGGCUUUGCUGUACAUGAUGGCCUACCCUGAGGUACAAGCCAAGAUACAACAGGAAAUAGAUGAGAUCGUGGGUAGAAAUCGUCUACCACGCCUCGCAGACAAACCACAGCUGCCAUACACUGAGGCGACCCUCCUUGAGGUGCAGCGUCUGGCGUCCAUUGUGGCUGUCAACCCUCCCCACAUGUUCUCCGAGGAUACCAGACUACUUGGCUACGAUAUCCCCAAGGGGACAUUGAUUAUUGCCAAUCUUUGGGCCGUCAGCCACGAUCCAUCCACCUGGUCCGAUCCAGAAAAAUUCAUCCCGGAGAGAUUUCUUGACGAGGCUGGUUCCUUGAAGCCAAGGUUGGAACUUCUGCCCUUUGGUUCAGGUCGCCGGGUGUGUCUAGGAGAGCAACUUGCCAAGAUGGAGCUGUUCAUCUUCUUCUCACAUUUACUGCAUCAGUUCUCCUUCAAGAAACCGGAUGAUUCUCAACCAUUAUCUUUCAAGGCUAUCAACGGCGUCACGUUGGCUCCAAUUCCAUUCGAAGUUCGCGCCAUUCCUAGAGAGUAAAAUGGACUCACACAACUCCACAACCUUUUUGCCUGGGGGAGGAAUACAACGUGGUUUCACGAGAUGUUCAUCUUCGAUUUACUACGCGUUUAUACUCCCCCAAUGCUUCGGCACGUGUUUAUAUAAUGUUUUCUCAAUUCACAAAUAGUUGCUUGGCUGAACUGUUAUUAUUGCAUCACCUGUUUUAUUAGAUUUUAAAACAUUUUUCAUUAGAUUUAAAAGAUCAGUUGGAAAUUGGUUAUUUCAACAUGCGGUCCAAAAGUUAAAAGAGACUAUCCUGAACACAUAACUGUGUAUUUUAUCACCAGGAAUACUUUGGCUUCCGUCAGUAUGUUUGGGCAGCUUCGUAGAGCCGCGGUCCCAAGCGACUGGAACGAGAGACCACACAAACAAGUGGCGAACACGAGGCUCUUUUCCAACUUUUUUUGCGGUAUAUUAUGUGUCUUUAUAAUCUCGACUUUUGCUACCCAAAAGGGUAACAAAAGUCCAAACCAAUGAGAAGCGACGGGGUCAGCGAGUCAGCAAACAAUAAUGCACGUUCCAUGCUCUAUACAUAAUUCAUAAACAAAACCGCAAAACAAGUUGGAAAAAACCAUCGUGGCUUCGCCACUCGCGUGUGUUGCCUCCCGCUCCAGUCGAUUGGGCCGGCUCUACGAAGCUGUCCAAGCCACGGUGAAGGCCUUGGACAAAAGGUUGUGUGGGGCAGAGCCGAUACCAAGUGCGCCCUCAGUUGUUUUUGAGUCUGAUGCAGUUUUCCUAUUUGCAUAUUAAUUUGCAUAUAAAUAAUUGCUGACCUUUUCAACUUUGAUUAAUGUAGGCUAUUCUUUUCUUGUUAUGUAUACCCAGUGUAAGUCACCGUAACUUAGUAAGUGCACUCUGCUCAUUAUUAUUAUCAACCAUCCAACUAAAAACGCAUUUCUUAUCUUUUGCCUCUCCUCGCUCAUUGUAUUUGCACUUUAGUCAUGUUGUAGUUAUAUAAGUUUUUAAAGGCCAAACAUCCAGUUCUCUAUGAAUUUAUAAAAUAUAUCAACUUAUUUCAUGUCUCCUGCCUUUACUUGCUCGUAAUAACUUCUGCAUUUUAGUCAUUCAUGCCUGUUGUUGUUUUCCCCGAUAUUUUGAGUGUAUUCUUGUAGGCGCACCAUGAGCACUCUGAGUGUAGAUAAACAUGUGCGUGUUACAAGUCUUUGAUGUUACUAUUAUUUUACUCUUUCCAAAUUAAAGAGAGCUUUCAUUGCUCUAAUGAUUCAUACAGAACCCAUCAAGUUAUUUUGUUGAUAACAUGAAAAUAUGAGAGAUAGAGUCAUCGUUAUUGCACUGCACGAUAUAACUGGUUGUAGCCAAGCAAGCCAUUGACUUAUGAUUUUUACAAAUAAUAGUAGGUUUGUGCUUUGCUAAUUUUGAAAAAUUAGUACAUCAACAAAUUUAAGUGGGGGUUUAAAUUCUUCUUGAAGUUUAAUUCUGUUUAAAUGUUCUCUGUAGUUAUGCCACUUAGCUCCUUCGUUGGUCCGAGAAAAAAAAACAACCUUUUUGAAUGCACAAUGAGUUUACCAUAACAAAAGCACAACACCGUAGGCGAACAUACCAAAACAGCAAACACAACAACAAUGAUCGAUUUGAAUAUUUCAUUCGAUUUAUUUGUAGCAAGUAUAAUCAAACUACAUAAAUUUACAUUUUCAUUAUUAUCUAAGCAGAUUGAAGUAUGUGGCAUGGCUCUUCCUGAUAAUUUAUUUCCUCAUCGUGUUGAGCCGAGUACUGAUUUAUUCCACACAAUAUUCGACGGCGCAGACAACCGAGUGUAACAAAAAAUUGAUUAAAACUUGAAACUUUGAACUAUUUUGCUGAGUAUGCCCUACGAAUAGCAGAGAGCCGCCUUCACCUUUCCUUUGUGAAGUUCCUUCUAGUGCGAUAAGGCAUAAAUUUACCACAAAUAACAUGUGCAUUUUUACUGCCUUCAAAUCAAACGUGAAAUAAGGUGUUUUUCUUCACAUUCAAAUAAGUUACAAGUCGACACUUCGAAAUUAACUAAGAAGUUCGUUGCAUCAUCAUACCUUGUGCAUUAUUGUGACUUCAUUUGAGUAGGGCGCCCUCACGUGAAUGUCAUAAUUAUGGGCUGCUCAUUGGCUACUCCUUGUUUCGUCAUCUUUUAAAGAUGGCGGCAAUUGACGUCAUUGCAUUUUACAUCUACGGCAAUCUACUGGUAUUAAGUUUUUAAGGACUGAGGUUUUUGCGCCAAGUUACUGAAACUUG